AUGGGGGACGAGACAGAGACGGCGCAUGUGACGAAGACGGCGAUGACUAAGCCGCCCUGGAGUCCAACCGCGUCAGAGGCCGAGUCCAAGGCCAAGACCAAGACUGGGCUGGAGCCUGGCCAGAGCAACCUAAGCCCCAUGCGCUCUGCUCCCCACCACAUCGUCACCAUCUCUCUCGUCCAUGCAUCCGCUCGCAUAUCCCCAACCCUCAAACGCAGCUCCCCCAGAUCAGACGCAUACACUGCCUCGGCCGACUUAGCUGGGACCACGGAGCUGUAUUCUGUCCAGACCGACUUGCAGACCGCAUCCCGAGACCUGUCUCUGCCCCUCACCACCAGGCGCAGCAGCACCGUCCCGCAGUGCCGAGCUUAG